UUCCUUGUCUCAGUGUUACCAUAGCUCUGACUGGAGUCUGGAGGAUACUGACUAGGCUCAUAACAUCUUAAGAUAUGGGGAAAACGUGCGUGGUCGUAAUUAGUUUUGUUGUUGUGGCGGUAGCAAUGGAGUUGACCCUGGGUCUUUACUUUGGACGGAUAUUACCCAUGAAUCCGGACCCACAUAUGGAGCCUUUCCCUUUGGACAUGGCCCCUAAAUCUAUUGAUGACCGAUAUGAUGGCUGCAGUAAGUACAUGCACAAUGAUGUGAACACAGUCUACCUCCCACGUGAGAAGAAUACCAGUACAGACUUCAAUAAUGCCUGGAAUGAAGCAGAAGAAAAAGCCAAACCACCUAUCCAUGAUCUGCAAAAAGAACACUCCAUGGCUAUAUAUGUGUACACAAAUGAUGAGCCCGAAAUCUACCCGGACUUCAACAGACAAGUUAGAGAUGGUAGAUCUAAAUAUGGGACAACAUUCCAGUACCAUUCCCUACACUUCUAUCUAACUGAAGCCAUUCAGAUUCUCAAACAAAGUCAAACAACAUGCAAGAUCACCUACCGUAGAACCGAUGUGUAUUUUGAUGAGGAUGUGGUCAACAACGACAUCCGUUUCAGCACCUUCACCUCGAGCACUGAAAACCAGGAAAUAGUCAGAGAUUCAUUUGGAGCUACGUCCUGCUUUAAGAUCUCCAAAUGUUUUGGAGCUGACAUAUCAUAUUACUCUGUAUUUACAGAAGAGAGAGAAGUCUUAAUUCCUCCCUAUGAGGUAUUCAUAGUGACCAACAUCCAGACGAAGUCAACAGAGAAUAAACUGUGGUGUGAAGUCGUCUACACAUUAAAUAGCACAAGAGUUCAGAGUAACUUGAAUUGCAAGUUGCAAAAAGAAGCAAAAUCAAACCUGUGAAGCAGCUUUUCUGCAUUCAACCGCACAUCAGAAAAAGGCUACAUGACGCUCUAUAUUAUGUUGACAAUUACUGUAUAUCACAGGUCAUUUCCCCACCAAUGUACGAUUAAGUCAUCUGUAAAAAUGUUAAAUGUUUACUUUCUUUCUUUCAGUUGUAAUGAUCCUGUUAAAGACUAUUUAAACUUAUUGGUGCCUCAGAUUAAUAAGAUCAAGAGUUAUAAAAAAUUAUAAUUUGCUGACAUUGAAUCAAAUUGUAAUUUGUGAUUUGUUGACAUUUGUUAGCAUGUGCACUGUGUUUGUUUAUAUUCACCAUUA